AUGGAAGCAGAUGGGAGAUAUGGAGGACAGGGGCGUGGAGGAUUUGGCUUCGGCGGAAAUUCUGGGAUGGGUGGAGGCGCAGGCUACGGGCCGGGAGGAGGAUGUGGGCCUGGCUACGGUCCCGGUGACUACGGUGGCGCGUCGGGAGGCUACGGUCGUGGUGGUUGCGGGCCAGGAGGAUGCGGACCUGGCAGCUACGGACCUGGCGGAGGCUGUGGGCCUGACGGUUGGGGGUCCGGUGGCUAUGCACCAGGAGGAUGCGGCCCUGGCGGUUACGGACCAAAUGGUUGCGGACCUGGUGGUUACGGGCCGGGUGGUUUCGGACCGGGUGCCUGCGGCGCUUACGGACCUGGUGGCUGCGGACCCGGCGGUUGUGGGCCCAACGGUUCUGGACCUGGCGGUUGCGGACCUGGCGGUUGCGGACCUGGUGGUUGUGGACCUGGUGGUUACGGGCCCGGCGGUUGUGGACCCGGCGGUUGUGGACCUGGCGGUUGUGGUGGUGGUUGCGGUGGGCCUGGAGGAUACGGUGGGCCGGGUGGUUGUGGACCUGGUGGCUGUGGGCCAGGUGGGUAUGGGCCGGAGGGAGGUGUUAACUUCGCUUUUACAGGCGGUGCUGUUGACGUUGGCUCAUCCACUGGAAGAUAUCCGUACUAUGGUGACGAAGGUGCCUCACGCUUUGGUGGAGGCUUCGGUGGUGGAGGCUUUGGCGGAGGUUCCUGUGGAGGCGGACCUGGCGGUGGACCUGGCGGGUUACCUGGUGGGUUCGGAGGUGGAGGUGGACCUGGUGGAAUGGGCGGCUAUGGCCCGGGAGGUCCAGGCAGAGGACCUCGAGGCUUCGGGGCGGCGGGAAGAGGCAAUUUGCCAGUGAAAGUGAUUACCCGAGAGGUGCCAAAAGUAGAAGUCAAGCAGGUGGAAAGGGUCGUGGAGGUUCCCAACAUAGAGUACGAGGACCGUCUUGUGGAAGUUCGCGAGGUCCGCGAGGUGGUUCGACGCGUCCCACGCAUCGAAGUGCGAGAAAUCCCGAUUGAGAGGGUAAUUCAGGUACCCAAGAAAAUUGUUCAGGAGGUGGAAACGCCUGUCUAUCGUCCAGUGCCACAUCUGGUGAAGCAAGAGGUGGAGAGGGAAAUUCCCAUCCCAAAGACCUACACGCAGACACUGGAGGUCGUGAAGCAGGUAUCAGUUCCAACCAACGAAUCUGGUGCUGUUCUGGCACAGUCUGCCGUGGCACCGCAGACAGCGCAGGUUGCAUCCGUGCCACCUGCAGUGGUGCACGCACCCAGCGUGAGCAGAACGUAUGCACUACCGGCCAUCCCCAGCACAGGUCCAGGAUCUGCUUGCAUGGGUACUCCUACGGACAAGACGCCCGUGGCGCUCUCGACGGUGUCGCCUUCUAUGCCUUAUGCUGGGCAGACAAUGCAGACAUUGCCAGCCCAGGUGCCUCCAAGUGCUGUUGGGGCUGCGACACCUCCCGCAAUGUAUCCCGCUUCGGCACUGGCAACUUCGAGUACGGCCGGUCGCAGCAUGUGCGCGUCGGUGGGCUCCAUGGCUCCCGGCAGCGUGCAGACGGGCAUCGUCGCGCCUGCCGUCGCUUCGAUGGCACCGCCUGCGCUGCCAUCGCAGCCGAUUCAGACAUACACUCAGGGAAGCAUCGCCUACCCGGCCUACCCGUCGGUGAUGUUCGCGACUGGCGGAGCUAGUGCGGCCGGAGCCGCGACUCCGCCCAUGGCGCCCAGCUCCGCGGUUAUCCAGGGGACAGGCAACCUGUCACAGGCUGCGAAUCCCUUUGCUACCGUGCAAGGGGGUCUCGUGGUGCCACAAGCACAGGCCGGCAGCGACCUUUUCAGCAGACUCGAUGCUGAUGGCAGCGGCACCAUCACGCGAGAGGAGUUCGAGAAGGCGACGCCCACAAAUGUGGUGGGCAGCGGCGUGAUGUACGCAUCGGUGGGCUCCAUGGCUCCCGGCAGCGUGCAGACGGGCAUCGUCGCGCCUGCCGUCGCUUCGAUGGCACCGCCUGCGCUGCCAUCGCAGCCGAUUCAGACAUACACUCAGGGAAGCAUCGCCUACCCGGCCUACCCGUCGGUGAUGUUCGCGACUGGCGGAGCUAGUGCGGCCGGAGCCGCGACUCCGCCCAUGGCGCCCAGCUCCGCGGUUAUCCAGGGGACAGGCAACCUGUCACAGGCUGCGAAUCCCUUUGCUACCGUGCAAGGAGGUCUCGUGGCGCCACAAGCACAGGCCGGCAGCGACCUUUUCAGCAGACUCGAUGCUGAUGGCAGCGGCACCAUCACGCGAGAGGAGUUCGAGAAGGCAAUUCAGCAAGGAAUCGUCAGCUGA